CGCCAAAACCAAAUCUACGCCCUUGAUACUGGCAACAUACCAACCCCAAACUGCUCCACGUGCAUCCAUGUGAUAGACAGUGCUCACAGUAGAAACGUGCUACAUACGAACAAACAUCUCCACUGUGGUCUCAUCUGUUGAAGAAGAAGCAGACCCAGGCUGUGCUGGGUUUUUGCUGGCAUGAACUUUGACCUUUAACCUGCUAACUGAGGCCUGUAGAAGCUGAGAUGGAGAGUCUCUGGUGUGAGAGGUUUUCACCUUUUUGUCAGUAAAACUCACAUGAAAACGAUGGAGGGAGAUUUGUGUUACUGAGCACAGAUGAAAGCAGCUGUAUGAAGACGCUGCAGCGUCUGCAGACAGACCUGAGCCCGGGAACUUCCCCAGAACACAAACUAUUAUCAGGGCCGAAGGAUCAAAAUCCCCUAAAAGAACUGAAAGUCGUACGAGCUGCGACUCUGAUGGACGGACGAGAAACUAAAGUUUAGUUUCUGAGUGUGAAAGUUUGAACAAAUCAAAGAAACGUUUCAGUUUUAACUUCCUGUUGUUUGGAAACGAGUCAAGUCACUCUAAAGGAAACACCAAUGAGGCGGCGCCUCAAACGCCACAAACAGCCUGAGGCUCUUCAUCCUCUGAGCGAACGAGCUGACACGCCUCCAUCCUGACAUGGUUACAACGCUGCCAACACACCGCCACACAGGAAGUACUCUACAGCUCCGGAACAUACCUACAAAUCAUGUUUGCACUAUUUUACAUAUGCCUCUGUGGGGGCGGGGUCUAAAGCCGACUCCAGUUUCUCGCUCUUUGUUCUCAGGAAUAAAUGAACCAAAAUGAUCAGGAUACCAAGUUACACCUUCCUCAGAUUACAGACAUCAAUGAGCAGUGACGUGUUGACUCAGAAUGGAGGCGGGGCUUCAGCCUUCACCUCAACACCUGUCAGCUCACCAUCUGAAAGCUGCAGGUGGGACAGACGUUCUUACCAGCGUUGUCUGUAGAGUCGCCGUCCAUCCUGCUGCAGCGCGCAGAGGAAAGAUCCAGGAGCAGGCUCCAUCGCAGCGCUCUGUGGCUGAACUCGCCAGGAGGUUCAAAGGUGCGGCUCCGCCACAAAGUCCCGCCGGGAAUGAACAGGAGAAGCUGGUCAGACGGCGACCGCCCCGCACCUUACAGCUGUCCAAAUCCCAGGGAGACGAGCAGGAGCCUCCUGCAGGUGGCCCAACGUCACCUGUCAAAGUCAAGAGGAACUCUGGUCUAAUUGAGAAAAUCCAGGCUGAACUCGUGCUCUCACCCACGGGUCCUCCAAUGAAGAGCCCCGGCAUCAGGAUGCUGCCUCUCAACUUCCCCCUGCCCUCCCCUGGCUCCGCCCCACCUGCUACCUCAGUAACCACCUCGUCCUCAGCGACCCCCACCAGCCCAGUCGCCUCCUCUCCUGUAACUGAAACGGAAGGCCCCGCCUCUUUUGAGGAACCUGCCACUGUGUUGGAGGGAUCGGUCCUGCAGAGCAUCAACAAGGGCAGAGCUCGCCACUCCAUCCGCCGCCGUCCUCCAUCACGCCGCCACAGGACAUCCAGCAGUGGAGAGGUGGAGGUCAAAGACGCAGCAGAUACGCAGCUGAGUUCCCCAACUGACCCCGCCGACAAAACUGCAGCAGGCGUCGAGCAGGACGGCAAGCAGGACGGCGAGGGUGACGUGUUCAAGAAGGAGGAUCCAACAGACGCCCCAUUGGCUCCUGAGAAAAACCAACCUCACAAAGAGGAAGAGCCAAAGAGCGGUGACGGUGAUGUGAAGGAGGGAGAGAAAGGGUCUGUGGAAGGAGAGGAGGAGGAGGCAUCAUCAUCAUCAUCAGAGAAGAAGGAGGAGGAGGAGCCGAGCUCGCCAGUGACGCAGAAAAAGGACCUGACCGAAGACGCUACACAGACAGACGGCAAAGAAGAAGAACAGAGCGAGGAGGCGACGAGCUCAGCCCGAUGAGGAGCCACACGUCGACGAGCCCCUGGAGUUCUGGGAGGGAAACCCUGUAUCAGCUACACCUGACUGAAGAGGCCUGCAGACGCUCGGGAGGCAAAUAUUUAGAAACUGUGAGGCGCCGCCCGCCAUCUGCGAAUGAGCGAAGACGCUCAGCCAAUCGUGCGAAGGUCCAGCCGAGCUCGUUUACCUCCACCUUCGACUCAACGCCUUUCCACACCGCAACACUGCAUUCUUCCUGUUCAGCCAUAGAUACUGUGACCUGUCUGUUCUUACUGUGUGGUGCCUUCAGUGAUGAUGAUGAUGAUGAUGAUGAUGAUGAUGAUGAGUGGUUUGUGUGUGUGUCUUUCUGUUUAAAGCCAUGUUUGUAAUGAAAAGUGAUCUCCACAGCUGUGAGGGGAAUCCUCGAAGCCUCGUUAGGUUUGAUUGAUUUCCGGGAACCUCCGAGGUUUUGAUUGGAUCACGACACACAGCCUGAGGAGGCGGUGAUGUCACAAAGUGCUUCUGAUGAUGAAGUUAAAAUACUUUUGCUACUGUAAUGAUGAUCUGCUCUGUUUCAUUUUAUCUGGCAAUGCUCAAAGAAAUAAAGAGUUGCUAAUGA